GCGACGCUCGCUUGGCGGCAGUGCCGCGGUCCCGCGCGCUUUGCGGCAGCCAUGGCGGCGCAGUUCAGCACGGCGCUGCAGCUGACGGAGCUGGACGAUUUCAUCGCCCCCGCGCAGGAGUGCAUCAAACCUGUGAAAGUGCAGAAAAACCCAGCAAAAGCAGCAGCCAGGAUCAGGAUCGAGCCUGAUGGAAGCUACUUCCAGGUUAACCAGGAUGGGGAAGCAGAAAAGCUGGAGAAAGCCAAAAUCACCCUGAACGAUUGCCUGGCCUGCAGUGGCUGCAUCACCUCGGCUGAGACUGUCCUGGUCAGGCAGCAGAGCCACGGGGAGCUCUGCAAGGUGCUAGCCCUCAACAAGGCUGCUGCUGCCCACGAGCAGAAGCUGGUGGUGGUUUCUGUCUCCCCUCAAUCCAGAGCCUCCCUGGCUGCAAGGUGCAAACUGGGGCUGCUGGAGACAGCCCAGAAGCUGACCACCUUCCUCAAGGGUUUGGGUGUGCACCACGUGUUUGACACGACCUUCUCCAGGAACUUCAGCCUCCUGGAGAGCCAGCAGGAGUUUGUCAGACGCUUCCACAGACAAGCAGAGGACAAAACAGCCCUGCCCAUGCUGGCCUCUGCCUGCCCAGGUUGGAUCUGCUACGCAGAGAAAACCCACGGCAGCUUCAUCAUCCCCCACAUCAGCACCACCAAAUCCCCCCAGCAGGUCAUGGGCUCCCUGGUCAAGGGCUACUUUGCAGAGCAGCAGCACCUGCCCCCUGACAGGAUCUACCACGUCACUGUCAUGCCCUGUUAUGACAAAAAGCUGGAGGCCUCCAGGCCAGACUUUUUCAACCAGGAAUACCAGACCAGGGAUGUGGAUUGUGUCAUCACCACAGGAGAAGUGCUGAAGCUGCUGGAGGAAGAAGGAGUGUCCCUGUCUGAUUUAGAUCCUGCUCCUCUGGACACCAUGCUGGGCAGGGCUGCAGAGGAGCUGAGCUGUCACCGAGGAGGAGGCUCGGGGGGGUACCUGGAGCACAUCUUCAGACACGCGGCCCGCGAGCUCUUCGGCGUCCACGUGGCCUCCAUCCACUACAGACCUCUCAGGAACAAGGACUUCCAGGAGGUGACCCUGGAGAGGGAUGGAGAGGUCCUGCUCCAGUUUGCCCUGGCCUAUGGAUUCAGGAACAUCCAGAACCUGGUGCAGAAGCUGAAGCGAGGGAAGUGCCCCUAUCACUACGUGGAGGUGAUGGCCUGUCCCUCAGGCUGUCUGAAUGGAGGAGGGCAGAUCAAACUGGAGGGGGAAUCCAGCAAGGAGGAGCUGCAGCAGGUGGAGAGGUUGUAUGAAUCCCUGAGGGCUGAGAUUCCAGAGGAAAACCAGGCUGUGAGGGAGCUCUACGAGCACUGGCUGGGGGGCUGGGGCUCGGACAGGGCUCUGCAGGUGCUGCACACACAGUACCACGCCGUGGAGAGAGCCAGCUCUGCCCUCAGCAUCAAGUGGUGAGACCUCAGUGCCUUCUGAACUCACAUCCUGCAAGGAUUCCCUGCAAUUCCUGCCUCUGGGAAUGUGCCUGGCACCGCUCACUCCUCCAGCUGCAGGAUGAGGUGAUGGGAGUAAACCCAAAGUCGGGCAGGGACACGUCCCAGGCUGAUGGGGCAGCCCUGCACUGCUCCAGCAGCCCCAUCCCUGCCACAGCUGAGGGGCUGGGGGGUUCAGAGCUCGAUGUGCCUCCCCCAGGCCUUGCUGGAUCGUCACAGCACUCAGUUCUGUGCCUGGAACAGCCUCAUUUUGUCAGAAGUGGUCUCACGAGGCCUGGAGUUCUCCCCUCUCGCUGCCCUGCAGGGUCUGUGCCCUCAGAGGGGGGAUCCAAAUCCUGGCAUCAUCCCUGGGGCUGCAGAGGGACUGGAGAGAAUGCUGGAAAAACCCCUGUGAUUCCUUUUCCUUAAAUUAUCAUAAUUUAUACCAAGGGCAAUUACUUCUCUGUUUUCUUCAUAAACCCUCAGCAGGGAGUCACAGAAUUGUCACACCUACAGCCACUUACUGAGAUAAAAUCCCUAAAUCCAGACAAAACGGGCACUUACUGCUGGAUAACACCCCAAAAUUGCCACCAAAUAAUUCCUGGCCUUGGGGCUGGCAGCAGCCAAAGCCUCCUCUGCACUUUGUUCCAAUGAAUCCACAGAGCAAAUGAUGAUUCUCAUGCUUUUUAAUUAAAAGCUUUCCAUUUUUCAGCUGUUGCUGACCAUUAAUGACCUCACAGUGUUCUAAGGCAUCAACCUCCCCCUGCUGCCCCUUCCCCUCCUUCCUGAGGAGCAAUUUGGUGCUUCCAGUGAAUUCCCUUUUCCAUGCAGGGAUUGGAUUAAACCAGGAAAGGGCCAGGGAGAGGCUCCAGGCUGGACUCAGUGCAGAGUCAGCCCAGAAAUGCACAAAUCAGUGAAGCUGAAUUGGCUGGAAAUGAAAUAAUCAGGGCUUUAUCCACAGCCUGAAUUCCCCAGUUCCCAGGCCACCAACGCACACAGAGGUCCCUGCAGCCACCCUGGGGUCCCUGGCUGCCACCAGAAGAGCUGGAAUUUGUCCCAGCUUUGAGGCGUGGGGCAGGCUCGGGGCUGGUUCAGGCACACAGGGGCAUCCCUGCUCCCAGGAUAAAUAAAAUUCCAAAGGGGACACCCACAACUCCAGCAUUUCAUGGAAACUGGGGAAUUCAGGCCGUGGAUAAAAUCCUUCCCCUUCCAUGCAAAGUAAAUCCAAACUAUAACUUAAUAAAAGAAAAAAAAAAAGAAAACCUUGGUUUGUAGCACAACAAAAAGCCCCAAACCAGACUCCAGUGGCAACAAAGAAAUUCACAGUUCACACAUGAAAAUCCCUGAAAUCAACUCUGUUCCAGUGAUCAAACCUUCGUUUUGUCCACAAAAUAAACAAAACAAAACAAAAACAAAACAACCAGGGAGUGACUUCACUGGUGUGAAGUGCCUCCCCACAGCUGCAAACAAAACUCUGCUCCUUUCUCAGACUCAAAAGAAAAAAUAAGAAAGCACA